UCGCUCUGAGUUUUACCAGGUGAUGUUUUCAGUUUCCAAGAGAUGCUGGUGGGUCAGAGUCGCCUCCUCCUCCUCGGUUAGCCGAAAGGCAGCACUUAUACCCGGAUACAGUGGAGUUAAGAAGCUUUCUAACUUUAACUGGGGCGUUGCAUUAGUUCAGACUGCCACAUGUCACUAAAACAACCCGAACUAAUGAGUUAUUACUAACUAACGUCAGCCGCGGGUCUAACAGCACGCAGCGUGGCUCACGCGUUCCGCUCCUCAUUGUCAGAAAAGUUGAUUCAUCGUCCUAUUAUUAGCUCAGGGGUUCGCGCGCUGCUUAUUGGGAAGGUUUGUGCUCGUGCGCAGACUGCGGGAUCUGAUAGGCUGCUGCAGACAAGAGUCCCCGCAAUGAGGCCGACAAAAAGGUCACAGCGAGAUCUGCAGGAGCUGGAGGAUCUGGUACCCAAACAGGCGCGGAGCGAUGAAACCGGCUGGACAGGGGCGAACGAACGCACCUUCAUCGCCGUAAAGCCGGACGGUGUGCAGCGGAAACUGGUGGGAGAAAUAGUGCGUCGUUUUGAGAAGAGAGGCUUCAAACUCGUUGCUCUUAAGCUUAUAAAGGCGUCUGAGGAGCUGCUAAGCGAACACUACUGGGAGCUCAGGAACAAGCCUUUCUACAGCACCCUAAUAAGCUACAUGAGUUCUGGACCAGUUGUUGCAAUGGUGUGGCAGGGUUUAGAUGUUGUGAAGACCGCUCGCAAGAUGCUGGGCGAGACCAAUCCCGCAGACUCACUGCCGGGAACCAUCCGGGGAGAUUUCUGUGUGGAAGUGGGCAGGAAUGUGAUCCACGGCAGCGACUCGGUGGAGAGCGCCCAGAAAGAAAUCUGUCUCUGGUUCCGUCAGAGUGAGCUCCACCCCUGGGAGAACAGCACCAACAACUGGAUCUACUGAUGUUUACAGACCUUCUGCAGCAUUAAAAGAUCAAACCUCA